AUGGGCAACCCAAGCGCAAAGAGAAAGAGACCAGAGGGCAUGGGCUAUCGUAAGCCCAAGAAGCUCGUCAAGAAAUUCAAGAAGCAAAAGGCAUACCAUUCGGACAGCGAGAGCGACAAUGAGCAAUCCUUCAACCCCGUCAACAUGGAAGACUCGGAUGAGGAAGUUGAGGACGCUCCUGCUGCUGCGACAGCCCCGAUACCUGCUCCUGAGCCCGUCGUUGAGAAGAAGACGACACCAAAGCCCGCCGCCCCGAAAAAGUCAGAGCCCGCACCCGCCGCAGCACAACCCAAACUCAAAUCGGCCCUGAAACAGUCCAAGAAAGUCGACCCGCCGUCAGAGAGCGAAGACGACGAAGAGGAAGAUGAAGAUGAAGAAGACGACGAUGACGACGUUGAAGACCUCGAUGCGCUGGACGACUCGGAUCUCGAGGACGACGACGACGAACUCGACCUCAGCGACACGGACGGCACGCAGAAAAAGACCCGCAAGCGCAACGACCCCACCGCCUUCGCCACCUCCAUGUCCAAGAUCCUGGGCACAAAACUCACCACCUCGAAACGACAAGAUCCCGUGUUGUCGAGGAGUGCCGCCGCCACCGCCGCGUCCAAGGAGUUGGCAGAUCAGAAGCUGGAGCUCAAGGCAAAGAGAAAGCUGCAUGCUGAGAAGAGGGAGGCGCUGGACAAGGGUCGUGUCAAGGAUGUUUUGGGUCUGAACACACCUGAGGUCAGCACGGCAGACAUCCAAGAGACGGAGAAGAGGUUGCAAAAGACUGCUCAGCGUGGUGUUGUCAAGCUUUUCAAUGCUGUUCGCGCUGCCCAGGUGCAGGGAGAGCAGGCCAGAAGCGAAGCGAAGAAGGAGGGUGUGGUCGGUAUCUCACAAAGAGAAGAGAGAGUCAGCGAAAUGUCCAAGAAGGGCUUCCUCGACCUCAUCGCCACUGGAGGAAAGAAGCCUGCUGCUGUAGAGGCUUAG